UCCUUUCUAUCUUUGGCAUAACUAUGUGGAGAGUGUUUAACGCUGUGGUCAGUAGUUCAGCCGUCACGAGUCAUAACAUGUUCUAUAAAUAGAGACACACAAGCACGAAGGGAUCAACUCGUCAUGCACAAGGGCCAAACCCAGCACAUAAUCUGAGUCGAGAAGAAUGGCAGCGAUGUUUCGUGUGUGCUUCCUUCUGAUACUCAUCUCCCCUGCUCUGGCCGUGCUCUGCAACCCAGCUGAUAAGAAAGUCCUCCUCCAGCUCAAGCAAGACCUCAACAACCCUUACCUUCUCGCCUCUUGGCAGCCCGACACCGAUUGCUGUUACUGGUACACCAUCGGAUGCGACCGCAAAACCCACCGUAUUAUCUCUCUCACCAUUCUCGAUUCCGUCCCCUACACCAACUUUUCCGCUCAAAUCCCACCUUCCAUCGCCAAUCUCCCUUACCUCCAGUCCCUCACCCUCCAUAAACUCCCUAAUCUCACCGGCCCCCUCCCUCCCGCCAUCGCCAAACUGACCCAGCUCACCUUCCUUCGCAUCAGUUGGACCAACCUCUCCGGUCCUGUCCCGAGCUUCCUUUCCCAACUUAAGAACCUCACUUUCCUCGAUCUCUCCUUUAAUAAUCUCUCCGGCACAAUUCCCCCCUCCCUCUCCCAAUUGCCUCACCUUGACGCUCUUCGCCUGGACCGCAAUCACCUCACGGGUCCCAUCCCUGAGUCCUUUGGCUACUUCAAGAACAGCCCUGGUCUCUCUCUCUCUCACAACAAGCUCUCCGGUCAGAUCCCCAGGUCUCUCGCUAACUUGAACUUCUCAACCAUCGACUGGUCCAGGAACAAUCUGGAAGGAGAUGCAUCCAUGCUGUUGGGAUCCGAUAAGACGGCGCUGCAGACAGUGGACCUGUCGAGGAACCUGCUGUCCUUUGAUCUGAGCAGUGUGGUGUUCCCCAGCAGCCUGACGUCGUUGGAUCUGAACCACAACAAGAUAUACGGCAGCCUUCCGGGGGGGCUGACGGCGCUGAAUUUUCAGUAUCUGAACGUCAGCUAUAACAGGCUGUGCGGCCGCAUUCCGGUGGGGGGAAAGUUGCAGAGUUUCGAUGUAUAUUCCUAUUUCCAUAACAAGUGCCUUUGCGGCUCCCCGUUACCAGCAUGCAAAUGAUUGCCGUUAGGAUUUCUUAGAACAACUUCGCAUUCGAGUGUGCUUUAAUUUAAAAGAAUAAUUGACGCUGCAAGCACAAUUAGUGAUUUACAUUUCGUUACUGUAAGUACAGCCACUUCUGGAUGAAUUUAUAUUCUAAUGUUAAUGAAUGAAUAAUUUCAUCCAAA